UAUCACAAAACCAUCUACCUAGCUUAGCCUUUUCUCACUAGAAAAGAAAACAAAACCAGCCCCACUUCCCUUCCUUAUAAAUAAAACCUCUCCUUCUAGUUCUUUCCUUCAUCACAUUCAUUCAAACUUGCUUUCAAUACUCACUCUCACAAACAAGAAUAAGCACAUCUACAACAAGAACAGCAAGAAGAAAAGGAUUCAUUUGAUUCAUUGAUCUUCAUAUAUUUUGAGAAACUAUAUUGUCAUACACAAUGGUGAAGUGUGAAGAGAAGAGCAUUCAACUACAAGCAGAAUCAUCAACAACAACAUUAUCAUCUUCAUCAUCAAUAUGUAAGUCAGUAGCAGCAAAACCAUCAUCAUCUUCAACAGCAAAAACAUCACCAUCAUUGAGUAGCAGGAAAAUUAAGAAGUACAAAGGAGUAAGAAUGAGGAGUUGGGGUUCAUGGGUAUCAGAAAUAAGAGCACCAAAUCAAAAGACAAGGAUUUGGUUAGGUUCUUAUUCCACAGCUGAAGCAGCAGCUAGAGCUUAUGAUGCUGCACUUUUAUGUCUUAAAGGCUCUUCCGCAAAUCUCAAUUUCCCAAAUUCUUCUAUUUCUUCUUUUCCUCAUCUUCAUGCCGCCGCUGCUGCUGAUAAUAAUUCUAUGAGCAUGAAUCCUAAAACCAUUCAAAGAGUAGCUGCUGCAGCUGCAGCUGCAACAACAACUGUCACUCCCAUCAAUAACACCACCAUUAACAUUCCAUCCCCAUCUUCACCAUCUUUAUUAUCUCUUUCCCAUACACUUCCAUCAAACUUAUCUUCGCCCUCGCCUUCCAUCUCGAUAUCUUCGUCGCCAUCUCCGUCUUCCUCGUGUUCGACUCAUCAGGAUAUCGAUGAGGUUUCGCUAAUCCAAUGCUGGGAUACUUACACUCCUAGUACUAUUACUAGUGGUAGUGCAAUUUCACACUAUAAUAAUGUUCAAGAAGCACCCAUGUCGAUAACGCGUCCAGUGAAUAAUGAUCCCUGGAUGGAUUUAUUCGGUGAUUUGCAAUCUCCUAAGUUUAAUGUCGAUCACUUGCUCAGUUCAUGUCCUUCGUUUGCGCCAGCUCCGUUGUCUGUCGACGAGUAUUUCUACGAAGAUAGCGAUAUCCGGCUAUGGAGCUUCUGCUAGAGGGAAAUUUGCAAUGCCACACUACAUUUCGUUCGCUCAUUCAUUCUUUCAUUCAUUCAUCUCUAAGGGGGAAAACAAAAAAGAAAAAAAAAAAGAAAAACACUAACAGUGACUACAUUAUUCAAAUUCAUUCAAUUAUUUGUUCUAUUUUUUUAUAAAUAUAUAAAUAUAUGUAAAUUAGGCGUAAUUCACGUCGAAUGGCGUAGUUUAUCGUCGAUCGCGUGGGGUUACGGGAAUGGGGUUUACAUAUAUAGUUUUAUUUCAUUGUAUUAAUCAAGUUACAUAUAUAAUCAUCAUAUAUAUAUAUGAUCGAAUCAAUAGAAAUUUAUUUUCAGUGAAA